AUGGCCGGAUCUGGAGUAACACCGUCUAAGCCGUGGGACGGUACGAAAGAAUGGCUGUCACAACCGGUAGUCGCAUCCUUCAUUGCUGGAGGUAUGGCCGGCGCCGUGUCACGAACAGUCGUGUCGCCGCUUGAGCGCCUGAAGAUCCUCUUUCAGAUUCAGAGCGUUGGCCGCGAAGAAUAUAAAAUGUCAAUAGGCAAGGCUCUAGGCAAGAUGUGGCGCGAAGAAGGCUUCCGUGGCUUCAUGGCAGGCAAUGGCACAAACUGCAUUCGCAUCGUCCCUUAUUCGGCUGUGCAGUUUGGCAGUUACAAUUUUUACAAGCGUUUCUUUGAGGAUACCCCUGGUGCACCUCUAAGUGCUCUCCAGCGCCUGUCGUGUGGUGCCAUCGCUGGUAUCACCUCAGUGACGUUAACCUACCCACUCGAUAUCGUCCGAACACGACUCUCAAUCCAGUCAGCCUCAUUCGCAGGGCUAGAAAAAGCAGAAGCUGGAAAAAAACUACCAGGCAUGUGGCCGACACUGGUCAAGAUGUACAAAACAGAAGGCGGCUUCUUCGCUCUCUACCGCGGUAUAGUCCCAACGGUCGCUGGUGUUGCGCCAUACGUUGGAUUAAAUUUCAUGGUCUACGAAUCUGUUCGUGAAGCAUUUACGCCAGAGGGCUCGGACAACCCAAGUUCUAUUGGAAAGUUGGGUGCGGGUGCCAUUUCAGGAGCCGUAGCGCAAACAUGCACAUAUCCUUUUGACUUGCUUCGACGCAGAUUUCAGAUCAACACCAUGUCAGGAAUGGGCUACCAGUACAAAUCCAUCUUCGACGCCGUCAGAGUUAUUGUCAAGCAUGAAGGUAUCAAGGGUUUGUACAAGGGUAUUGCACCUAACCUCCUCAAGGUCGCUCCUAGUAUGGCUAGCAGUUGGCUGAGUUUCGAGCUCACACGCGAUUUCUUCGUUGGUCUCAAACCAGAAGUCUGA